AUGUCUUCUUCGAGUACACUAGAGCCGUACCAGCAUAGGCCGUUGACGGACACCCGGUCGACUCGCGUCCUUUUGCUGGAACCCGCCCAUACUAACGAUGCGCCACUUCGGUGCAGCCUUGUCGAAAUCAACCUGGAUACAUUUGACGAACGCACCCAAUCCUAUGCUGCUCUUUCGUAUGUUUGGGGCUACCGACAUGGAGAUCGAGAGAUCGUCUGCGAAGGAAAGUCGCUGCUAGUCACGCGCAACUGCGAGGACGCUAUGAGAGCACUCCGGCUACGCGUGGAGCCGCGGCAUCUGUGGAUUGACGCUAUCUGCAUUGAUCAAAAAGACGACGCGUACGCUGUUAAUGAGAGGAGUGGCCAGAUAAGUCUGAUGGGGGAGAUCUACCGAACAGCCGCACAUGUGCUCGUCUGGUUCGGCCAGGGAACCCAAGAGAUAUUUGAGGCCUUAGAACAUUUAAAGAAAAUUGACAAAUACAAAAAGAGAAAAAGGGAAAGCGACGUGCUACCGCUCUCGCUGCAGCCCCCCUGGAGAUCUCUCCCCAAAUUGUUGGCAGCAGGGGCCAUUGAUUACCUGAGACGGCCCUUUGGGGCGUGGAUGUCCAGCAGACAUACUGCACAGUUUAAGAGAUUAUAUGAUAACGGCCAUCUUCAGGCAAUAUUUCAAAACGAGUGGGCGUUACGAGUCUGGACUAUUCAAGAAGUAGCGUUCGCUCGAGUUUGUAGCAUCAUCUUCGGCCGCAAAGAUGGUGGCUUUUACUUGAUUUCAUUCGACGAUUUCUACGUUCUAACGGGCGGGGGAGGGGCAGUGGCGGACCCCGAGAUAGUAGGCUACACUUUGAGUCUAUUAUUCAAGAAGUACUUGAGGAUUGAGAUCCAGGCCCACCUGCGGGAGCCUCAUGCAAGCAGCACAGAUGUGGACGCAAUGCUUCGCGUCAUGCAGCUACUAUCGUAUAUGAAGACUACAGAAAGUAGGGAUAUGGUUUAUGGGAUAUAUCCCAUCCUUAAGGCAUUUGGUGUCGAACUUUCACCGCCCGAUUACACGAAACCAGUUGAAACGGUCUACGAGGACAUGACACGAUCGCUCAUCAAGUCGACACAGUGCCUUCAGCCGCUUCGUUAUGCUGCCGCAAUGGAUCGGCAAUCGUUACUUCCGUCCUGGGUCCCAAACUGGGCUGGGAACAGACAAUCAUUUCUGGUGCUUGCGAGCAUUGAAACCGGAGGUUUUCAAGCCACUGGAGGAGGCUCACCCGUAGCGGAGUUUCCAGCCAUGGGGCAAAUUUCCCUUCACGGUCGACAGAUCUGCCAAGUACAUAGGCGCGCGAGUCGAGAUUGCGCUGGACCUAAAGAUACUGGAAGCGCCAAAAACCCUGAAUUCUGGCACGCCGACUUCAUACUAGCCUGGCGGGAGUGGCUUUUCGUGUCCGGCAUCCUCAAUGCGACCUCCAAGAAUUACAGCGAUUAUGGCGCGCUCCUUAACGCGCUCUCCUUAGGGACCUGUGCGAGCGCCAAGAGAUUGGAAGCAUUCAAAGUGUUCAUUUCAGUUCUCCAAUAUCCGCGAAACUGCGAAUACGACCUGGGAGCCGCCGCAUCAGUGGUCUCUAAAUUCAGGGAGCAGGCAAUUGGCGCUGAGUAUCACUGGACCGACGAUUUCUACAACGGCUUGGUAAUUGAUCAAGCCCUCCGUACACCCCGCAAUAGUGGAAUUGUCAGGAAGGCCCUGCCGCACGCGAUGGAAAUACAGCAACUAGUCCAAGACAUGCAAGUAUGGACCUUCGAUCGAGCGUUCUUCCUCACCGAACAUGGCGACAUGGGCAUGUGUUUCCCCACCAUACGAGAGGGCGACAUAUUAGUACAGUUCUACGGUGCAGGGGAACCGUUUGCCCUGAGGCCCAUUGAGGGAUACUACAUUCUCAUAGGUCCAACCUAUGUUCACGCAUUGAAAGAUUUGGAUCGGCCAUCCGAGGACGACCUAAGAUCGAUGGAGAAGUAUACGCUCAUUUGAAACUUGGGA